AUGGCAAGUGCCGAUCCAGCUGCGAGUUCUCCGGUUCCCGACCAUGGUUCUCUAGACGGAGACCGCAAUCCUGCACAUGUGCAGGAUGGAGACGACGACGACGAGGAAGAGCCUAUGGAUCCUUGGGCCCAGGUCAUUAGCGGUGCAAGAGCUCCCCGGCCUGAUCCUGAAGAAUUCCAGCGCUUCCGUGACUUUAUGCAUAGCCGCGCUCCUUCUCGUUCAUGGAGGGCAAGGCGCGGUUCUGAAGACCACGACGACAGAGACGAUGAUGACAACGGCAAGGGCGCGAGCUCAGGUCCACCUCCAGCAUGGGAUGGGCAAAGCAGCUUCCGGGACUACCACAUCCGAGCGAAACUUUGGCUGGCUACGACUAAGGUCCGGCCCAGGGCCAGAGGUCCUAUGUUGCUGAAAAGUCUGACAGGAACUCCGUUCGACGACUUGAAGCACUUGGCCAAGGAUGACGCUUGGAUGCAGAAUGAGAAGAACGGAGAGCUGCUCCUGUCCCAGAUGGACACAAAGGAGCUCUACGGGGAGGAUGCCAGGGAGGACAUGUUGAACACCCUGGUGAAGAUCACCUACACCCUUCGACGGGCAAAAGGGGAGACUCAUAAGCUGUUUUUCUCGCGCUGGGAUAACCAGGUCCGGCGCCUUGGAGAGCACAGCGUGACCCUCCCUCCUGAGUACCUCGGGUUUCUCCUCGUAAUGUCCUUGCAGCUGACAAGCGAUGAAGUCAAGCUCCUGCUGAACUACACGCAGGGGAAGCUCACGGCCAAAGCGGUGAAGGAAUGGGUCCGGGUCCACGAAGCGGACCUGGACUGGAAGGCCCAGGGCAAGACUACCACCAAGCCCCACGCGGCGAUGCUCAUGGAGGGCAUUGCGGAGGAUGACUAUGAGGACGAAGGGCCCGGAGACGACACGAACUCCGGCGAGCUCGAGGUUUUGCUUGGGGCACUUGGUGAGCUGGACCAGGACGCCACCGAGGACGGCGGCCAUGCCAAUGAGGUCUUCGACGAGGACGAGGCGAAGGAGAUCCUCGCGGCAAUGGUCAAGGACCAGGUUCGCGGCAACGGUGGCCGGCGGACCUUUGCUUCCGUCAACCAGGCGAAGAAGCAGCGCCAGCUGGCGCGCGGAUUCGGCACUAGGCGAGAAGCUGGAGGAGAGCGAUUUCCUCCAUCCCGCGGCAGUGGUCCCCAGACCUACAAGGUCAGCAUAGAAGCCUUAAAGCGGCGCACAAGAUGCGGAAUCUGCAAGGAGAUCGGGCAUUGGCAUCGGGAAUGCCCUCGAAAAGGCACUGCCGGCCCCAAGGAGAAUCACUACCUGGAGCCGGCGGGGAACGACGAGGCUUUCUUUGUCGAGCACCUGGAGUACCUGAAUUUUGUGGAAGAGAGCAACGGCAUCACUUCAAGUCGUGCCGCUGCCGAUCCGAGUCCCGACCUUCAGUCGCAGCAGCGGGCAGGAUACAUGGAUCGUGCUCAUGAACUAUGGUACUCUACUUUAUCUACUACCAUCCCCGAAGAACAUUGUGCCACAGUUGAUACGGGUUGCCAACGGACUGCAGUCGGAAGGAACACCCUCGAUAAGUACCUAGAAGGGCAGCCCAACGGGGUUAAGAUUGCUUACAAGGCUGAGCAGCAUUGCUUCAAGUCAGUGAACGGCAUCACCCAAACCAGUCGAGUGGCCUGUGUUCCUACAAGCUUGGGUCCCAAGGGAUGCAUUUUGCGGCCAGCUGUGUUUGAAGACGGUGUUAGUCAAGCAGCACCUUUCCUUCUUUCGCUUCCUUUUCUCCUGUACUGCAAGGCAACACUCAGCUUGGACCCCGGCCAAGGCCUCCACAUGUACCUCGGUAGGUUCAAGCACAAGGACCUGCAGGUGUUCAUGUCCCGACUGUCGAAGCCAGGAACCGCUGAUGUUGAAGUGAAUCAGGAUCUUUUGCGCCUAGCCAUGCAGGCGCCAGCUCCCAAGAGGACACGAGUGGACGACCCCGAGGGGAAAACUCCCGUCGGCCGCUGGCGCCGACUUUCACUACGCCUCUUCAUGGCCCUGAACAACUUUCUGGAGCAGGCCUUGAUGUGCUCA